UUUUUAGGAAAGUUAUUAUUCAAGUCAAAUACAUCAUAAUGCAGAAUUCCAUAUCACUAUCACCAAAAGAUCAAGGAGAUGUUUCCAUGUCCAGCAGUCCUGGGGAGAAACAGCUGACUCAGCAGAUGUCAGAGUCUCCUGGGAAGAGAGUGUACACAGGUGAAUCAAGCAUCCCUUCUGGAACAAUACAAAGUGGGAAAAAUUUGCAGAGUAAGAGUCAGUUUAGGACCAUUGCACCAAAAAUUGUGCCCAAAGUUCUAACUUCCAGAAUGCUGCCAUGUCCUUCACCAUCACUCUCUGAUCGGGGAAGUCUGGGACCCUCCCUAACCUCCAAGACCCUGGGGAUGGGGAUGCCCACCCAGAACUAUGUUCUGAUGCAGGUGGCUGGCCAGGAGGGGACAUUUUCUCUUGUCGCUUUGCCAAAUGUUGCCUCAGCUCAGUCAAUUCAGAAACCCAGAAUGUCCCCACCUGAAAACCUUAAGCUGCCUAUUCCUCGAUAUCAGCCCCUAAGAAAUAACAAAGGACCAAGAAAGAAACCCAGCCUAAACUCCCCUGAAAGGGGCUGUAGCAAAAUUCCUGCCCCAGCCCAGGUGUGUCCUCAGAUGUCCCCUUUUCCACCUGCCUACCUUGAACUCCUAACCAAACCCACUCUACUCAAGCAAGCACCAUCCCUAGACCAAGCCCCAGGCAGUAGCAUCAGCACACCUCCACCAACCAGUAGUGGUGGCCACAGGGACUCAGAACCUCCAGUGACAAACAGCCAUGGAGAUCUGAGCACUCCUGCCACCCCAGCAUCAUCCACUCUGGAGGAGCUCUCUGCCAUGCAGAGCAUCUCAAAGAUACCUGGGAAAGCAAACUUUCUAAGCAGGGAACCACCCAGGAAUCCUGCUGCUGCUGCUGCUGCCAGUGAAAAACUUGAAGAGCAGGUUAGUCACGCAAAGGCCGUAACCAGUUUAUCACCAGCCAUUUCAGUCCAGAUGAUCUGUUCAGCCCCCAAAGGUAAACUGCCAGUCUUACCCUACUCCAGAAUGAAAAUGACAGAAGUUUGCAAAAUUGAAUCAGAUGCUUAUAUUGCAGAUUUUUCUGUACCUGGAUAUGGAACAGACUGUGAUAGGAGAUGCCCAAUCACAGAAGGCUUCCAGGCGGCUGCCAAAAUGGCCAGCAAGGUACCUGUCCAACAGAUACCAAAGCAGCGUCUUUGUGAGAGUAUCUUUUGUCCAGUCACCAAACCAGAUCUCAACCACAAAACAAAACUGAAUGGUGGAGCAACAAAGAGAAGAGUAAGGAAACGAAAGGUACCAGAUGAAAUUUUGGCAUUUCAAGGAAAAAGGAAGAAAUGCCUUAUUAAUAAGUGCAGAGAUGGUAAAGAAAGAAUAAAAAAUGAUCCUCAAGAAUCCAGAGACCAAAAGCCUGGGGCUAUGAGAAAGUAUCGUAGCAUUAUGCCCAAACCUACCAUUGUCAUGUCUGCUGCAGUCCCCCUGACUUCUCCUUCAGCUGCACUGCAAUCCCAGACACCCAGCAGCCUACGACAGGAGAUCUUCUUAAAUAGUUCAUUCACUCCUAAAUAUCUCAGCUAUAAGCAGAAUGACAGCCUGUCUCCUAAAUCCAUCUCUGGGUUCAAAAGUGGAUUCUCUGGCAUUAAGAAGCCUUGGCAUAGAUGUCAUGUCUGUAACCACCAUUUCCAGUUCAAACAACACCUAAGAGACCACAUGAACACGCACACCAAUAGGAGGCCUUACAGUUGUCGCAUUUGUCGCAAGGCCUAUGUACGUCCUGGCAGCCUGAGCACACACAUGAAACUUCACCACAGUGAGAACCGUCUCAGGAAACUCAUGUGCUGUGAGUUUUGUGCAAAAGUGUUUGGUCAUGUCCGAGUCUAUUUUGGCCAUCUAAAAGAAGUACACAGAGUUGUGAUCAGCACUGAACCCUCCUCCAAUGACCCACAGCCAGGGGACAUGCCAAAGAAGAGGGACAGAGAAACUAGUGUCCAAGGGAUGGAGGGAUCACUGGAGAGCAUCAUCUGCCCUGUGGCACAGUGUGACCUGUGGUGGGGACUCUCAGAGGUCUACAUCAUUGACUGUAUCCUGAAAGGUCCAGAUCUAUCCCUCUAUAGGGAAAACAAGUCAAGCUUGGAAGAAGAUUUCCUUCUAAACCAGGCAGACGAGGUCAAAUUACAAAUCAAAUGUGGCCGCUGUCAUAUCACCACUCAUUCUUUUGCCGAAAUAAAGUUUCAUUUGCUUUGUGUUCAUGGAGAGGAAAUUCAGGGAAGGCUACAAGAAGGAAUCUUGCCAGGCAGCAGAAUUGCUCAGGAAACAUUAGUUAAACAUACUGCUCCUGACUGGAAACCGCACCCAGAGAGAAGAAAGCAGGUGAGGCCUUACACAGCUGAGGACACAUCUUGCACACUUCCGAGACUCAAAAGGCAGUUCUGCCUUCAUCACCAGAAGGGUGGUGUGGAGCAGUCCAUGCACAAUGAAGGGGGCCAGCAGGGAAAAAGUGAGCCCCAGGGCCUGGACUGUGCCAGCCCCCGCACCCUUCACCUCUGGUCCCAUUUAGGCUUCAACUGCCUCCUCUGCACCCAGACACUGGGGAGGAAGGAGGAACUGCUCCUGCACUGGGGAUGCCGGCAUAACUGUGAGGACCCUUCCAGGCUGUGGACUGUUUUAAGUGCGGUCUCUAACCAGGGAGUCAUUGAACUUUCUCCGGAUGCUGAAAAAUGAGAGCCUGAGGCAAACUAGGGCUAAAGAGAGUGUUAUUGGCACCUUUCUAUUGCAGUGUUGAGUUUUAUGUGGUACUUCUAGAAGAAUCAAAUAAGUUAGGAUCAACCUCAGUAAACAGAAGUGUUUUUUGUAUAUAGGUUUAUUUUCUUAAGAAAUAAAAUAUACACUGUGGGUUCAUAUUUUUCUAAUUAUAUGCAGUCUCAUUUUAA